GUCAGGAAGAGUGCUGCUUGCUUGCAGAUUACAGAGUGAUAGUGCUCCGAGUUGAUCAAUCUGGCAGAUUGUGGAUACAAGAGUUGGUCUUUACAGAACCUUAAAUUUCAGUAUUGUUUCUGACCAUAACAACAAGAAGAUGCCACUGGGUGAGGAUUGCCAUGCCUGGAAAAAGAAGACCUCUGAUGUGAAAGAGAAGUAUGACUUCAAAGAGAUCCUUGGAACGGGAGCAUUCUCUGAGGUGGUCCUUGCAGAGGAGAAGAGGACGCAGAAAUUGGUGGCUAUUAAAUGUAUCCCAAAGAAGGCAUUAGAGGGUAAAGAGAACAGCAUCGAGAAUGAAAUAGCAGUCCUGGGCAAGAUUAAACAUGCCAAUAUUGUAUCUCUGGAAGACAUAUUUGAGAGUAAAUCACACCUCUACCUUGUCAUGCAACUGGUGUCUGGAGGUGAACUGUUUGACCGGAUCAUAGAAAAAGGUUUCUACACUGAGAAAGAUGCUAGUAAACUCAUUCAGCAGAUUCUGGAUGCAGUCAAGUACCUCCAUGACAUGGGCAUUGUACACCGUGAUCUCAAGCCAGAGAACUUGUUGUACUACAGCAUGGAUGAAGAUUCGAAGAUCAUGAUCAGUGACUUUGGGUUGUCUAAAAUUGAGGGUGCCGGCAGCGUGAUGUCUACGGCCUGUGGAACGCCUGGAUAUGUUGCUCCUGAGGUGCUGGCUCAAAAACCUUACAGUAAGGCAGUGGACUGCUGGUCCAUCGGUGUCAUAGCUUAUAUUCUGUUGUGUGGUUAUCCUCCGUUUUAUGAUGAGAAUGAUACCAAACUCUUUGAUCAGAUCCUGAAAGCAGAAUAUGAGUUUGAUUCACCUUACUGGGACGAUAUCUCUGAUUCAGCAAAAGAUUUCAUCAUCCAUUUGAUGGAGAAAGACCCCAACCUACGUUACACGUGUGAACAGGCUCUGGUGCACCCCUGGAUUGCUGGGGACACUGCCCUGGAUAAGAACAUCCAUGAGUCUGUCAGUGCUCAAAUAAAGAAGAAUUUUGCUAAAAGCAAGUGGAAGCAAGCUUUCAACGCCACAGCGGUGGUUCGUCACAUGAGGCGUCUUCAGUUGGGCACAAGUCACGAGGGACCAAAUCCAACUAACCUGCCCAGCCCAUACCAAACUCACAUGCUACUGCCAGGAGAUGAGAGGCAUCGUGAAGGGGCUCACUGCGAGGGAGGAUGUUCCCAGAACGUCGACGGCAGUGCAGAUCGAGAUGCACUGUCCAGCUGCAACUACCGCUGCCACCCAGCUAGCAGGGUGUGACCCUUGCCCCUGCUUCAUUUCCCUGUCUAAUGAAUCCCAGUGAUUUUCCAGUUUUAACCCCUUGGUGGAACCAGCAGCACCAUACCCCCUUAUCUGGUUAGGAAUACAGCGUCAUUCCAACCUCUUGCCUGCAGGGGGAGCAAGCCUGCCGAGUCUACAAAGAAGAAUUAAAGAAAGGUGAAAGUAAGGGGGAGAUUUGAUAUGGAUGAUGCAUCAGAGCUUGGCUUUUGCAGUCUGGUAAACGGGGAUGAGGUGAAAUGGUGGGUGGAUACAAUGGAAAGAGAGGAACAUAAACUCCAGUGUAAUCUUUGGCAGUGCAGGACAGAGCUUGUUGACACAGUUUUUAUUAUUCAUGAAAUGUGAUUCACCUGACUCUCUGUUUGCUUUGUUGUUUAUUGUUUUAUAUAUUAUUGUGUCAUCUAAUUUUCUACUGUAAGAAUUUGUAAUGUUCAUCCAGACAGGAUGUGUGCAUGAUCAGCAGACAAUAUCCCUGUGCAUGUUUCAUUAGCUACAAAAUACUUUGCUUGCUGCAGAAAUGCAGCAUUUAAAGUCCAACAUGUGUUUUGUGCACAUGAUGACGCAGGAAAGCACAGAACACUUGGGUCUCAUAUAGCAUUUAAAGUUGUAAGUUGCAGUUUUGCGUUUGUACUGUGAAGUGAAAAGAGCGCUGGAGGGGUGUGUCAUUGUGCUUUAUGUUGUACUUUUAGACAAUCGGUGACAGAAUUCUUCAUGCAAUGAAAACACAAGAAUCUACUUCGUAGCCUUUCUUGUGGAAGAUAUAGUGGUUCCAUUUAGUGGUUGGGCUUUUAGAAGGAAAAUGUUUUUCCUCUCUCCCUCUUUCUCUCGUUAUUCAACUCCAAACCUCUUUAACCACAAUAGCACAGGG